AUGGCAGAGCAACUGAAACAGCAGCAACGCUGGGAGUUUAGGAGGAAAGACAAUGACUCCGAUUCUUCAAGCAAUGAUUCAAAACCAAGCGGCGAGCCAGCUCUGAAAAAACACAAACUAAUCUCCAGCUUCAUUUCAACUGAUAAUGAUGAAACUAGUGAUGCUAGUAAAUUGCACCAGAAUGGCAACUGUGACCCUGGUGUUUCGGACCAAAUGAAAUCUGGGAAAGCUGAAAACGGCCAGAGGAGGAGGAGGAGGAGUAAAAAGGAUGAUUCAGCUCCUAAGGAAAUAAAGAAGGGCCCUCGUAAAGUAGUCCGCCGCAAGAAGAGUAGAACUAGUACUGAUGAGCAGGCUGUAUUUGAUGAUCUUAAGAAGUACAUGAACUUUUUAUUAGAGGAUCUUAAAGUUUCAAGAGAGAAUUUGUUGAAGUGGAUGAGGGAAGAAAUGCAGAAGUUGGUGGCAGAGGAGUCUGUUUCUGAGCUGGAAACAAGAGAAGGCAGCUUUAGAGGAGAGAAAGUUCAAUUGCAGAAUCAAACCAACCUUGAGGAGAAUGCACAAGUUAAGCACCAAAACACCUUCGGGAAGAACAUACCAACCCAUCAUCAAAACAGCAUUCAGGGGUAUGGCCAAGUGCGGCCCCAUAACAAGUUUGAGGAGAACGUCCACAGGCAGAACCUAAUCAACUUGCAGGAGAACAAUGAAGAGCAUCAUCAGAAGAAUUUUCAGGAGAACAGUUUCCUGCUGCAUGAAAAUACCUUCAGAUCUUUCAAAGGAGCUCAAGAUUGCAAUGGUGGUUCUACAGAGAGGUUUGGAAAAACCAAUAAAUCAACUGAUUUUAGUAAUUGCAGUCUAGCAUUGGACAGUCAAAUUGAUUAUAGCCGAGCUAUUGUACCCCUGACAACAACUGAGAAGGAAAGAGAAGAAAGAAUGGCAUUAUCAUCCAAGUUGAAUUCUAAACCUGGCCCUUCAGAUCGGAAUGUGCAAGUGCAGCAGCCAAAGAGCAUUGUGUUGGGCAUAAGAGCUCAAUGCAAUGGUGGAUCUUCAGAAAGGUCUACAAAAGGCAGAAAGACUACUGAUUCUAAUAAUCACCGUCAAGUACCCGAUCAUCAAUCUGAUUAUGCCCAAAUUAUGGGAUCCAUGAGAUCAGGCGAGAAGGACAAAGGAGAAAAGCUGGCAUUAUCUGUCGAGCCAAUGUUUCCAACUGACUCCUCCAAUCAAGUAGCUUCUUCAAUGUACUUAACACUGCCUACUGUAUUAACAAAGCCUCGUGUAGCAAACCAUAGGCUUGAUACAUCUCCAUUGAAGUCUAUUCAACCAAGACUUGCUGGGAAUCAAAUAGGCACGAAUUCAGAAAGAUCGAAUCUGCUACUAGGUUCAAGCAGUCAUCAUGGAUACUUUCAGCGCAUGCAGCCAGAAGAGAGAAGCAGAAGCUUUCCUCAAGUGAGUUCAGGAGACAUCAGUUACUUCAAUCGAAACAGCAUCAUGUCAUCGAUGGUUGGAAAUGGACUCCCAGUUCCAUUUCUUCAGGCUGUAAAUAGUAGUUUUAACAUCCCAACCCAAGUGAGCUUGGAAAAUCUAGCUCGAGAAAGCAGCACGCCAAGCCUGAACAUGAAUGGAGGAGCCAUGAGGCUUCCAGAGGGAAGCUACUCUUUCUCCGAACAGUUUAUAUCCAACAACUUCCUUAACCAUUCUAGUUACAAAGCUGAUGGUAGACUAAUGUCAUACCAAGAUGGUUAUCAAUUCCCAAAAUAG